AUGCAGACUUUGGGAUUGCAGAGCAAGCCUUCGUUCCACACUCCAUUACGAACCUUGUACCACAGUAAAGAAAACAGAAACGUCGAGGGACCGGAACCAAGCCAGGCCAUUCACAUCCUCGAGAAAAACAAGCAAAGCAAACAAACCGAGAAUCAGAGACUUCAGACCAUUCGACUUGCCAGAUUCUCUCUCCCUCACUCUCUCUUCUCCCCACCACCCCGCGCCCGCGGCGGCUUACGCUCUUCCUUCCAUGCCAUGAACAGCGCACGCCUCACGAGGUGCCGCCCUUGCGCGCCCUCCUCACGGCUCAUUUGUGCGCCAACCGCGUCUCAUCGCUUGCUUCGCCCUCUUGCAGCCCGAGACAGCCGUCCUUUCUCCGUCUCGCACUUGCGGCCGAAGCACGACGGUGACCCGAGGUUCAGAGACCUGGGCAAACAGAUAUCGGACGAGUAUGCCGUCGUUAGAGAACACUAUGGAUAUUGUCCUCCUAGUACCGUUUCGAGUCCUCCUGCUUCCCAACCCCGCCUCUGUCCAAACCAUAAUGAUCCACCCGCACUUACACGCCCGCCAGACACGCCAAAGAACCCCAUCGUCCUCGCUCACGGACUGAUGGGCUUCUCCGAACUGCGCCUCGGCGCCUAUGUCCCGCCGAUCCACUACUGGCGCGGCAUCUCCGACUCGUUGAGCACCCUCUCCGGUCCGUCCAACAUCAUCACCACCUCCGUCCCGCCCUCGGGCUCCAUCGAGGAGCGCGCCGCAAAACUGGGCGCCGACAUCGCCGCCAAAGCCGGCGGCCGCGCCGUCAACAUCGUCGCGCACUCCAUGGGCGGGCUGGACGCCCGCUACAUGAUUUCCCAUCUCAAGCCGCGCGAUGUCAAAGUCCUUAGUCUCGUCACCGUAGCGACGCCGCACCGCGGGAGCGCGUUUGCGGAUUAUCUGUUGGAUGGGCAAGGCCCCAUUAAGCUCGCGAAUCUGUACGGGCUCAUUGAGCGUGCCGGGUUGGGGACGCAGGCUUUUGAGCAGCUUACGCAGCGGUACAUGGAGGGAGAAUUCAACCCUGCUACCCCUGACAGCAAUGAGGUGCGGUAUUUUAGUUAUGGCGCGUGUACGGACCGGCCGCCACUACUGAGCCUGUUUCGGCAAAGUCAUUGGGUCAUUGAGCAGGCCGAGGGGGCGAAUGAUGGGUUGGUGAGUGUUGCGAGUAGUCGGUGGGGAAAGUAUCAGGGCACGCUGCUGGACGUGAGCCAUUUGGAUUUGAUCAAUUGGUCGAAUCGGCUCAAGUGGACGUUGCGCAAGGUGUGGAUGGGGCAGACGAGGACGUUUAAUGCUGUUGCGUUUUAUCUCGAUAUUGCGGAUAUGUUGGCCAAGGAGGGUUUAUGA